AUGAUUCAACAGAAGUUUAUCAAGAAAAAGGUGGGUGACUGUUUUGUAUGCUUUGCUAGACGUCUGAAAAGGAACAAAUACCUCGAAAUUUUAUCUGAAAAUAGGAAAAAUAAGCCUUCAAUUUUUGGAGAUAAAAAUUCUAAAAAUUUUAUUGAUAUUAUCCCAACCAAGAAAGACAAAAACAGCAGUAGUGACAACAGCAAAUUAGUUAGCUCUAGCAUAGUGCCACAAAAUAUGUCAAACACUAAUGAUGAUGUGUUGAUUGAUGGCUGUAUUGAUUCAUCUAGCUUUAUUGACUUUACAGAUGAUCAACGUCUAGCAAAUGAAGACUAUAGUACAAAUCCCAGUGCAGUAGUUGAUAAGGCAAGCGAUAUUGUAUUUGAUGAGACGCUGAUCUUCAGAAGUGUGCCUGAUAUUCAGCCUGCACUAAAAAGAAGCAUAUUAAGUAAAAAACUAAGAAGCACUGUUCCACAGUCUAACACUCUGAAUUUCUCUAGUAUUAAAAACAUCACAGUUGAGCAUAUUAAAAAGUUUGCUCCUUUGAGUCUUAAAAGCGCCACGUUCGUUUAUGAUAAAAACAAUAUCAUACUUGGCACUCAAAGGAAAAGAGACGAUCUUGUCAAUCCUGUCAAAUUACAAUUUAUUAAACACUUUGAUCAAGCCAGGCCUCCAAUAUAUCAAAAGAGAGGCCUAAUGGAACGGGCUGUGUUCAGUUACAGGAAGCUUUCUGAAGUACUGUCAUAUGACUAUGACUCCUCAGAUGACUGGGAAAUUUUUGAGGAGAGCACUGAAACACUUGACGAGUAUAGCGAAGACACAAGUAUUGACUCUGAUGUCAAAACAGAAGAAGGAUGGAUAGAGAAAGAUUCUGAAGAUGCUGAAACUACGAGAUAUUCCAAGAAACCUAGCCUUGUUUUUGAAUGUGACGUUUGUAUUGAAACGUUUUUUGAAGAGAGAAAAUUUUUGCAUGCAAACCUCAUCCUUUCUGAAAACUUUUCAAAAGAAUUGCAGGAUGAAUUGGAAAAAUAUAAGAUAGAAUUUCAAGGUGGUUUUGAAGAGUUAGUUAGUUCUUUUUCUGCUCUUUACAACGUUUGCCAAGGCACAGUACAAGAAAAAUUAAUAAAAAUGGUCUAUCAAGAAAAAAACAGUUAA